AUGAGUGGCGCUCCAAGGUGUGAUGACGAUGACUGUUCACCGCCCGAUGAAGAUAGCGAAUUCCGCAGUGACAAUGAAGGUGAGGAGGUCAUGGAGACGGAUCUUGAGACACUUCGUCGAGAACUAAACGAGGAGAUAAGUGAACUGGAAUGGGAAUUCAAAGCCGUCAAGGAGGCGCUCUACCAUGAAAGAAUUUUUCAAAUUGACCGAAAACUUCAAUUAUUCAAAUCCUCCGAAGCUCCUGAGCUGAAACAAAUCAGCGCUCUAGUAGACGAGGCCUAUCAUAUCCGGUGUCAGGUUGGUUUUUGAGGAAAACGUCUUAUGUGUGAGACUCCUAUAAAUUGAUUGAGAAAGGGGAACAUUGAUUUGAAAGUGGAAAAUCUAGAUGGGUAUGUUAUAAGCGCCUGGAUCAACUUAAGGCUGCAUGCAGAUACACAAAUAUUAUAAAACAUAAGCAAGUCAAUGCAGUUACCCAUUGGCAGGUCGUUCGCAAGACUUGAUGACAUCAUUGAUUCCGCUUCAUAUAGGGGCGGUUGGACUGCCAAUUUCUAUUGGGCUGUUGAAUGUGAGUCUUUAACGCACCUUUCAUCUUGUUGAAUCUCGGUCAAACACGAGAAGAUGAGUCUACACUACUACAGAGGGCCUUUUGCUAAAUUCCCGGAUGUUUCUAUUCCCGUGCCCUAACUUCAUCCCUAACUCUCCUAACCAUAACAUUAACCCUUAAACCUUUCUCUAACUAGGACCCUAAUUAUAACCAUAUUAACCCUAACUAUAACCCCCUGUAACACGGGGGCUACCUUUCCGUGUCCAACAAAAAUCUCCUUCCUAAACUAUAUAUGUAACCCCACGUUUUGCGGUUGGCCAUCGAAAGCGUCGGCUGAUGAAAGUUUUUUUUAAGUUCGCGCCCGCGGACGUGUUCCCCGCCGAUAGUUACCUGCAUCGUCUUACUUUAUUUAUCUAAAAAUAGAAGGGGGGUCUCAGUAUCCGGUAGACUUCUAAAAUGGGAACUCGUGACCAGUAUACUCUUGAUCAAAGGAGAGACGGUCGUUACUGGAUCUUCUGUCUAAAAGGAGAUUUGUUACGACAUCGUGUAAACAAAAGCCUAGUUCCCCUUCCUAGUUACAGCAGGAGGGGAAGUGGGCUGAUGCUUCCUUAAAAAGGCGGAUAGCAGCACUUUAUGCCCCUGACUAGUGAAGUCGCUGUUUAUUUUGCAUGUAGAUUCCUUGUCUUUUGGCUUUGAUUUUAAGCACUUAUUCCUAAUUCGUCAGCGUUUAUUCCACCAAUAGUGAUCAUUCUGUGCCUACUCCUGACAUCUUUGGCGAGUCAUGUGGCAUUAAAUGUGGAGAAAACACUUCAAACAUCUCUUACACAUCUGUUUUUUUUAUCAAACACACCAAUUUUAAUUAGUAAUCUCAUUAGGACUCCAUUGGUGAAUGUUUUUUGCAAUUCCCACGUUUUUCACUUGAGACCAACUUUUGGAUUUCCACCCGACCUUACGUCACUUUCGCUGAUGGAAAAGACUGGCUCCAAGUGUGCUAAGGUAAUGUGCUCUCACCCACCUCACCUGAAAAACUCACUACAUUCAGAGCGCACGAACUUGUCCUGAUAAAUUUGCUGGCAUAGGCGAUCGGCCAGGUGUGACGGCGCGUCGUCUUUCGCUUGUAACCAGCAUUUUGUUUAAUGAGACUGACCGAAACCAUUCUUGGACAACACUGUUCACCUCAUCCAUAACACGGGGCGGACGAACAAUUUUGGAACCAUCUAUUAUCUGAGGGUCACAUCUUUUGAUGUUCGCACGUCAGUAUCUCCUAUUUCCAUGUUUUAGGUCGCCAAGUACCGGCGCGAUUUCGAGUUGGAGGUUGCCAAUAAGGAAUUGGACAAUGCUCUUCAAAUGGCAACAUGUGACGCAGAGGAAAACCUGCGAAUCGCUGAAGAACGCAUUCGCAUCAGGUUGCAAGAAAGUAUUUGCACCCUGCAAAUCGAACGCGCUUUGGCCAACCGCCGUAAACGGAUCUGUAGGAAGCUAGUCUUUUGAAAUUUCCAUGACAAUAUGUGGGGCUGUUAUCAGACAUCAUUCAUAGGUUUAGGCGCGGUAGCAGCCCGCCCACUACCAAAGCCUCUCAUAUUGACUGUUCUUCAUUCCUGAAUCAAGGAAUCGUAGCAACUGUCAAGUCGCAACAAGCCAACUUUCUCGUAAAAUCAUUUGCCUCACUCUUGUGUAGCGGCCUUACGUUUACCAGGGUAUUACAAUAUCUACCGGCUCCUUCAUUCCGGACUUAGCAUUUUACGGUUUAGAGUGUCACCUUUCAUUAGUACCCCGACUCUUAUGGUGACAUGUUCUUGUGUCUAGCCCUCUGCUCUUUGUAAACUGUAUACUUUUCACUCCAUGUAGCCCAUGCUGCCAAAUCCAAGACGAAGGUCCCCUCCUUUGAUGCCAGUCAUGGACGCCGUCACAAAGACUUCCCCAAGUCCCUGAAUUAUAAUUUUACAACUACGAGCGAGCAGGUCGGAUCCUUGUUGACAGCCCCCGCUCCUUUGGCGGCAGGGGAUAUGGAAGAUGACUAUAACGAGACCUAUCUGCCCAGCCAGGAUCUGGAGCCACGAAGAAAGCCUGUGGCACUACCUCCAUCCCUUCCCCGUCUGAUCUACGAGCUGGACGAAGAAGACAUCCAAGCUGACCUUCAAGCCAUAAUGAAUGCCGUGAAGGUGAGCUCGUACUAGUGGGUGGGUUCUGCCAUAUAAAUCGUAUCUGCAGGGCUGUCUACCAGUAAGGACUUAAUGAAUGCUGUUUUGUCAACAGUAUGUGCUUGCUUAACUAACAUUCAACAGCUAGUUUGGCUUUUCCAGCAAUGAUCACACUAUCCUUAACGAUGAGCAGCAAAUGACGCCCAUGACGGAGCAAGUAAGCGUGACACUUCAACAGUAGUAAUGAUGAAAAAUUAUGCUAGUAAACCGAGUCUUUCGGAACCCACUAUCGCAACAGCCUACUACGGGGUUAGAUAUAGUCAAAGUUGAUUUAGAACGCACACCUGGUCCUGCGGUCUGCAAGACUCGCAUGCCAAAUGACUCAACUGCGCGUGAGUCUACUUCCGACUGAUCCAUUGAUAGCAAUCAUGUGAUGCUUUGAACCUGUAAAAUUCAAUUGGCUUAAUCAUUACCGACAUUGCCGUCAUUGGUUCAAGAAGCCACUUGGGUCCUAAAACGGUUCUGUGCCAAAACGGCUUAGUUUGAUAGCUCAUCCACCCGGAGUACAGAGGAUCGCCACUACGUCUCAUCGAAGCUGCCGCAAAGAUCUUUGCCAUUACCAUAUUUGGGUGGUUUUCGAGUGUGCAUGACUUGAAAACUAAACCCAACUAAGCCAAGUUCCCAGCUCGGUGGGGAUGCAUCGACCAAAUAUUAACGUUGUGGCACAGUAUUAGACUCCACCAUGGAUACCAAAAACAAACGGACGUCUGUCUUCCUGCCUCCGUUAUAAGUGUGACUGUUCCAGCUAUCGUGUCAUUCACAACUGCUUCCUGGGAUUCGUUUCUUCGUCCCCUAUUGGCAAGCUAGGCUCCGUUGAUAAGUCCUUGUGGCGCAUUCUGAAGCCGAACAAUACCGGCAAAAAUCGUCGCUGCUAAUGCCACACCGUUCAGGUUUUAAUAUUUCACAGCUUUCCAACCAUUCGACAUUCGGCCUGGCGUUCAAUGAGGUUGUAAUCUGUUUCCCAUCCUGCUUGACUACACCCUUCGCUGGCUUGUGGAAGAAAGGCUAUACGGUUCUCGUGGUCAAAUUCGCCCUGCCUAUUUAUUUGUGCUAACGGUGCGUGCUGAAUUGAAACAGUGACCUCUGAAGAAAAAAGCACUGGUUGCGGCCUCUUGUUGUAGUUAUCGCCUUUCUCUAACGCUUCCUCGCCCACCACUUUCUUCAUGGCCCACAGCUGUCCUGGAAAGGGUGCAGCGAUGACUUUGGCAGUAGCUUACUGAUGGUGGGGCGGAAUUAUGUGGCAUCUAUCCCACUGUCCAUUGCUACACCCAUUGUGCUCCAGCAGUGCAGCGACUGAGGAGGCCGAAGCCACGUUCACGCAUACUGGGGUAAACCACAGCCUACGAUUGGGGCCUAUCGUCCUGGGUGUAAUCGCAGCCAAGUGUCUGCUCUCGCCACCCCCUCGCGCAGCACCUACUGUCUUCGGGGCAAUAAGCCGUUAUCAGUUAACAUGCAGGGCAGUUGCCGUAUUCUAAAACAGACACAGAAGGCAUGAAAGGCUUGCGCGGCCAUUUUAAAACGGUACAAUGCAAAAGUUCCGCCGGACUAGGAACAACUUUCAGAAAACCGGUCGACUAAGUUAGACUUGGGCACUUGUGCAGCCAUUGGAGGCGCGCGAAGGUUUGGAGAUGGCACCACCUAGUCGUUCUUUUUUCAGAAGGUAAAGUUUCCCACCCACAUAAUCGCAGUACGGUGUAACAGCAAAUGGACAGCUCCGGGCACCUUCCAGCAGAAGGGCGCUGAGCCAAAUGAAGCAUGCGUUAUUUGAGAAUGUCCUGUAAUUAAAAAAGUGGUUGCUUUUCAGUUCAUCGGUUGUAAAACAAAACCUAUGAGCUCUCAUAUAUUGCAAUAAGAGAAUUAACUGGCCCAACACUCCUGCCAACUUCAGGCAUUUACCUUAGCCGUGCGAAAAGAAAUCUUUGAUCUCCUCUGGCACCCUGCUCGAAUAUUUGCCCUUGUCCACGUCACAGCCCCAUCAGUUCCCAUUUUAGUAAAUGAUUGCGUUCAAGACAGCAUAGGCUGUCCACCACCAUACACUACCAGUCCCAAUUUGGAAAACAUUGCACGAAAACCCCAACCGCUUUUUCCAGACUUAAAUUCUUUCACUAAGUCUGUUGCAUGGUGCCACGGCUUCUUACCUCCUGGGCAUAUACCCUCACACUGAACACAUUCUCGGGCUUUCAUCCCUGCUGAAAAAUACUAUCCAUUCGAACCAGGCGGCAUGCCUCCCAAGCAGAAUCAAGAUACCGCCACCGUUCCCACCCGUUGACAUCUAAGCCCAUGUUUCGAAAUCUUUAGGUUGCAAUUUUGUAGUUUAAUUUUUUGUUUCCAGUGGCACAAUCAGGUUGGGUUUCAUUCUUCAGUUUUAAGUCUUGCCCACGCUUUCAGUUAAAAAGUAAGACCUCAAGCAAAAAUCAAAGGACAAGCUUGUUGGGAGAACAAGUAUGGAUCCUCGCGAUAUCACGUUUCGCAACUGACGAGACAACGAGCUCGCGACUCAGUGGUUAGGUGCGUUGGACUUCUAGCCAACAGGUCGCGGUGCUACGCACCUCGGGCUUGGGUAUGACUGGCUGACGACGGCUAACAAGUCAGAAAUGGCCGCUCCAGUGUCCCUUGUCUUUGUCGACAAUGCUGUUUCGGACUUUAUUAAUUUGGCACUCCAAAUUGUAUUUUUCAUAUUUGAAAAAAUCUAUAGAUAUUUAGGCCAGUGUCUUUUCAAGUUCCGUUCAUACUGGGGUGUAAACACCAGCUUUGACCGCAAUACUCUGUUUAAUGUGCGGCCGGAAAACGCGCAAAUACGGCGACUUUAUUAUAAUCAGUCACCGAUAUCUUGUCUCCCAAGAAACAUCGCCUGUUUUGAUUUUCCUAAUCAAGAUCGCCCUCUCUUUUUCAGGAACACAAAAUUGCAUUAGCUGUGGCCCAGAUGAACGCGGAAAAGCGGGAGUCCUGA